AUUCUGAAUAUUCGACUGAAAAGUUGUCUCUGACUUUAUUGAUAUAACAACAAGCUGACGUUUAAAUUUAACCCUAUUUUUUGAGCACCGAUAAGUUUAUUCUUGUUAAGCUCACUUCCAAUAGGGUAUUAGUGACAUUUCCGUAUCAGUGCAACUACAAAGCCGACUGAAACGCUCCUGGAAAAUGUGAAUGCACUUAAGACAGUGGAGUAUUUUUAAAUACGCCAAUACUAGAAUUUUCCAGUUCUACGUAACACGUAAUCCUGUAUCCACAACAAUGUCUCGACCGGCUCGUUAUAUCGUUAAUGAACUAGAGGACUACAAUGGCCAAGACGUGGCCGCAGAAGUGGUUGGCCAGAAGAAAGAACUGAUGGAAAUCGUUCGUGAAAUUUCUGCAAAACAGUAUGCUUCUGAAUCAACAGCGGAAGGUGGUUUGUAUGUUGGAAUAGCUGGAAUUGCAUACACUGCUCUUCACUUGAGCCGUGUCAGCCAACUGGAAAAUGAACGACGUGACUUGAUUUUAUUCGGUCUACAAUACUUGGGACCUGCAUUAACGCAUGCGGAUAAAUCUAAAGAUUCAAACAAGGAAAAGUCCUCAUUUCUCCUUGGUAAUGCAGGGAUAUAUGCCGUUGCUGCAGCUCUAUUUAGAGCCUCAAAAGACAAUACGCGGGCCAUGAGCUAUGUAAAACGUUAUUUAGAAGGAGCCCAAAAUUGCAAGUCACUUAAUUUUCUCCCAAGUGGUGGAGAUGAAUUAUUUGUAGGACGUGCAGGCUAUCUUUUUGGAGCACUGUGGUUGAAUAAUCAAUUUGAGAGCCAGAUAGUGCCUUUGAAAGAGAUACACGAAAUAGCACAAGUGAUAGUACAAUCUGGACAAAGGUAUGCGACAGAUCAUGGCAGCCCUUGUCCACUGAUGUACUCUUACUAUGACACUGAGUAUUUGGGAGCUGCGCAUGGACUGUCGUCUAUUCUCCAGAUAUUAAUACAGAUACCAAAAUUUUUGGAAUCAAAUCCAACAGUGGAAAAACUUGUUCAAACGUCUGUUGAUUACCUACUCGGAUUACAGACUAAGUCAGGAAAUUUUCCAUGUGCUACAGAUGAGCUUGAUCGACGUUCAAGAGCUGAAAGUGAUGAACUAGUUCAUUGGUGCCACGGGGCACCAGGCGUCGUCUAUUUGAUGGCAGCAGCUUAUUUGCACUGGAAAGAUGAGAAAUACUUAGACUCCUGCCUAAAGUGUGGGGAAAUCACUUGGAAGAAAGGCCUACUCAAAAAAGGUCCAGGAAUUUGUCAUGGAAUAGCAGGAAGUGGUUAUGUGUUUUUGUUACUGUAUCGGUUAACACAGGAUCCUAAGCACUGGCAUCGAGCUGCUGCAUUUGCAAAUUUCCUCACCUCCGAUGAUUUUUAUCAGAAUGCACGCAGGCCUGAUAGUCCCUACUCUUUGUACGAAGGAUUUGCAGGGACGGCAUGUUUUUUAGCUGACCUUCUCGAGCCAGAGAGAGCUCAUUUUCCUUUCCAAGAUGUAUUUUAAAUUCUGAUAAUUUCAGAUAAUAUUCUUAACUUAUGACAUGUUGCAUUAGGUAUGAUGAUGUUAGCAAAUCACUCAAGCAAUAAACUUACUGGUUAUUUUGAUGUACCUCGUAUUUUUUAUUAGUUGUAUAUAUAUUUUACCCGGUUGACAGUUGUAAAAUUUUAAUAAAUUUUCUUAAGAUAAUUUGAAACAUGAAACGUUGCAUGGAAUCUCGAGCUUUCCUCACAAUCAGUCAAUUUUCCCACCACUGUAGGCAGGAGGUCGGGAUUUUCAAAUCGGUCUCAACCAAGCGGUAUGAGAAGUGGAUUUCCGCCGGAUGCUUGCAUGUAGUACCGAUUGGCCCUCCAGUGGUGCCUCUGACAUCUUACAUCAACCAAGUUCGUGGCGAAACCGCAAUAUAGCUUUCUUUAUGUGACCAGCGGCCGUGCUUGCUGGAUUUAUUUGGCGAAGUGAAUUGUGGAGCUUGUUGUAUCCACCCAUAUUUUAGGGCAUCCAGCCAUAAGUGUUAAAAAAUAUGGUGCAAAA